AUGGACAAUGUUGAUCCAGUACAAAACGUACAAGCUGUAAACGUCCAUGGUUUUUAUGUAAAUCGACCAGAAAACCGUCCAGUUACAUUUGCCCGUCUGGAAAAAGGACUUCUUUUAUUUCUCGAUGUUUAUGAACAGUCGAAAACAAACCUAGCAUCUGAGAUUGCUCUUUGGGAUCAUCGAGUUUGUUAUGAUUUAAUUCAAGAUGGACAAUGUCAGUGUGAUCAAUGUCCCCGUGUACAUGGGACAAAAUAUCGACAAACAAAUCUUUGUCCAUUUUGGCGUCUUGAUGAACGUCACACUCCCGAAUAUUUGAAAACAUAA